UUCUCCCCUCCUCCUCCCCUCUUCUCCCCUCCUCCUCCUCUCCCAAUCCUUUCCCCUCUCCCUCCCUCUCCCUUCCUCCGUGACAACCAUUGCUCUGUUCCUGGUCACCCUCGCUACUCUCUGCCGCAAUGGAUACAUCUUCGUCGCUGGACUGCCCGUCCUUCCCCGGCAACCGUAUCGUUUCCUAUCUCCAGACCUUGGCCAAGUCCAAAUCCGAACUGCCUUACGGAUUGCCCGUCUGUGUCUCUCCCUCUCACACGGUCACCACUACCGACUCGCUCCUUCAUCUCGCCUCCUUGGUCGGCCCGCACAUCAGUAUUCUCCAGGUCCAUGCCGAUAUCAUCGAUGACUGGUCCGAAGAUACCGUCCGUCAAUUGACCACUUUGGCCAAAAAACAUGGAUUUUUGAUCUGGGAAAGUGGGAGGAUCCUCAAUGCUACCGUUGACGUGGUCGGUCGGCAGAAGACCGAGUCGAGAGAAGCACGGAAUGGAGUGGUUGAUCUGAUCCGGAAGAAAUACACCAGAGGGGUGGUGAAGCCGGCAUCCUGGGCGGGACUUUCUACGGCCUGGGCUUCAGGGGCCGCCGUUUAUAAUCAAGAAGCCGACAUCCUGAUUCCGACCUUGAAGGCUGCCGCUCGGGAGGCGGUAGCGGACACGGUGCAGACCAUCCGGACCGAGAUCACAGCGAAUAGUUUCGCGAGUGAGCAGUCUUUUGACGACCAAGACUCGGCACAAUCGCAACAUCUCACUGAGUACGCUGUUGAUCAUAGCGGCCUGGAACUUCCUCCACGGAAGGCUUCCACCAUCUCUCUUACCCAGACCAUCACACAACAUACCGAGGAUUCGUCUGAUUACCCCUUGGAGUCCCCCCAAUUCGAGCGACAUGGUUUCGAGUUCGCAACGUUGAGUCCAUCGACGAUACCCGAGGAUCUUCCUCCCCCCCCUCUUUUGGCCCGUGGUCUCGUGCUCUGUCUGCCAUCCAGGACGGACACUUCAUUUACCCCGGACUACCGUCAAAGCUGUAUAGCUGCUGCCCGUGCCAACCAAGAUUUCGUGGUGGGUUUCCUCAGUGGUGAACCGUGGCAUCUGACUUCGCAACGAACCGACAUCUUUGAAACGGGCCUGCCUAGUUACGGCGAUGAACAACAGCAGCUAAGCCCAUACUCGUCUGAUGACGACGAGGCACUGCCGCAUUUCGCCCUGUUCUCCCCUAUCUCUCAGCGUCCCGACGGAAUGGGCGGGCAAUCGCUUGAAGGCGGCGAUGAAGAUGAAGAGGUGAUGGAGGACGAUGAGACAACUAGCUUUGCUUUGCCCGAGACGUCGAUAUCAGUCGAAACGCUGAACCCGCUUGCCGCGAAAUUAUUCCAUGUCGCCGGCAAGGCGCUCAAACUCCGUGAAGCAUCCACUCAGGAAAACGGGUUUGUGAAGCCUGAGCAAACGAAGAGUUGCCAGAUCCUACAUAUCCCGAUCGUGUCGUUACCAUGAAGCAAGACCGUCUGCAGUUUCUCCUUCUACGCACUAUAUUAUCGCUUUGGCUUCGGACCAACUAAUCACCCAUUCUGUUCGCAUAUAUACAUACUUUUCGCUAUUAUGUCUUUUUAAAGCAACACUAUUGCACAUGGGG